GGAGAGGAUCAGAGAAGAAUCGAAUCGGAGUCUUUAUCAUUUUUGGACAGUCUAUGGCCACCGAUCUCUUUCCGGUUAUAACUUCGCCGCUUCUCUGUCGCUUCUUCCCUUUCGGUAUCGCAUCAGAAACGAUUCAUCUUUCCUUGAGUCAGGUUUCUUUGAAGGUUUGAAAGAAUGGGGGAUGAGAUUGAUUUGAGUGGAGAUGGAGGGGUCUUGAAGCAGAUUGUAAGGAGAGCUAAACCUGAUGCUAUUGCACCUUCUGAUGAUUUUCCUGUCGUUGAUGUUCACUAUGAGGGUUUAUUGGCUGAAGAUGGAAAGGUCUUUGAUACUACACGCGAAGACAAUCUGGUUUUCUCCUUUGAGUUGGGUUCAGGCAGUGUUAUCAGGUCGUGGGACAUUGCACUUAAGACCAUGAAGGUUGGGGAAGUUGCAAAACUCACAUGUAAGCCAGAGUAUGCUUACGGAAGUGGUGGAUCUCCUCCCGACAUCCCACCUGAUGCAACUUUGAUUUUCGAAGUGGAAUUGGUUGCUUGUAGACCGAGGAAAGGUGCUAGUGUUGGAAGUGUUUCUGAGGAUAGAGCCAGGCUAGAAGAUCUGAAGAAGCAGAGAGAGAUUGCUGCAGCUGCUAAGGAGGAGGAUAAGAAGAAGAGAGAAGAAGCAAAAGCUGCUGCAGCUGCUAGGAUUCAAGCUAAGCUAGACGCUAAGAAGGGUCAAGGCAAUGGAAAAGGCAAAGGCAAAGGCAAAUCUAAAUGAGUGAUGUGUCCAACGUUGUUGUAAACUCCUAAGAUUAUACAAUUUCAUGAUUUUAAGCUUGAAUGUUAAGUGGCAGUCAUCAAUUAUCACAAUUAUACAUGAGUUGUUUUUGGGUCUAAGAUAUUUCUGAUUUUGGUUCUUAC